AUGCAGGCCUCACGCACCUUGGACACCAGGAUCGACAUAGCAAUUCCUUCUCCUCUUCAUCCACAAGCACCGCCCGAAGAGUUUCUAGAUCUUCUCAAACACAUAGAGGCCGAGAUCUCUUCUCUCUAUUCAAUCUCGGAAGCAAGAAGCCCAGAUGAAUCACCCCCACCCCUCUCUCCAAGAGCCUAUCUAAAGGUCUAUACCCGCGUUCACGAAUACGAUAUUGCAACAAGAGCGCAAGACACUGGUGUACCCGACAAGCAUUUGCAUCACUGGCUGAACUCCUCAAUCAGAGGCUACUGCAUGGAAAUGCGAGAGCGCAUAUUCCAAGACCACGGCAACAGCAUGGAAGGUACACAGACUUCGUUCUCCCGCAAUCUGUUAGCCGCGUACAUGUCCUGCUAUCGCAAGUUCUGCAGACUGGCCACAUUCGUGGGCAACCUAUUGCGGAGCUGGGAGAGGCAUGGAUUGCGCAGAGAACAGGGUGAGAAGACCUACGUGCCUUCUGUCGAAGGCAUGCAUCAAAUAGUGUGGAAAGAAGAGGUGCUAGGUGUUGAUACGCAGGAAACAUUGCCGGAAGAUGGAUUGAGAGACCUGAAAGAUGCCAUUGCGGUAUUGAUGGAAAUAGACGCGGAGACAAGAGAGCAGGACUCAGACCUUAUUGAGAAUGUCAUUGAGUCUUUGUCUGUUCUUGGCUUCACAGUCAAGAGUUGA